CUGUAAAACAAUAUGGCGGGGUGAGAUAGAAAGCUGAGUGUUUUACGAAGCAUGGUUAAGAGGUCGUAUUAAACACUUAGGUCAUAUUUAAGCGAUGUCUGGUCCAUUAGGCUCGCCAAAUCAAGUGAUAACCACCUUAGAUGAAGACGGACUUCAGGAAUUGUACACUUGGAUCGAUGAAAUUAAUUUAUCUCGCCCAAAGCGUAACAUUUGGAGAGAUUUCAGUGAUGGAGGUAAAUGUAAUAAUUUCUUACGCCUGUAAAUCAUACAGACAUCGCUGAUUUACUGUAUAGAGGUAGUUUUACUUAAUAAUAUCUAAAUAUGGCGAAAAAAAUCACCGUCUUUUCGUUUCUACAAUAAACAUUAAAUCAAAAGAUCAUUACGUAUCCAUUAAGGACUUUGUUUGUUGACAUUACGUACCAUGUCACUACUGUGGAUUUAUAAUAGUUUUCUUUCUCAUCGCCUCUAGGUUAACUUUUUUAAAAACUUUUUGGACAUGUUUACUUGUCAACACUUUACGUUCUCGAACGAAUCAUAUUAGCUAAUUAUUAGAUGAUUUGAAUUCACAUGAUUGGCUACGUUGGUGCAUGAUGAUCAAUUAGUUUGAAGAGAUGAUUGCCAGCGAUUUAACCCCGGCCUAUAUAGUUGAUGGAAGCGGAAUAUCGAAUAAAAAAGCUUUUAUCAAUAUAAUCAGUCAAUUGGCAUCGAUUGGUACGUACAGAUCAAUCAAUGAUCGAUAAAUAGUCUUAUUAUGAUACUGCAUAAAGUAGAGCACAAGUAACGCACGAAUAGAGUACAAAUAUCCUGCGUUAUUGUACAGUUGGCUAUUUUCACCUGUUGCAUAUUGACUCGCCCCAUGGGCUCUUCGAAAUUCAGCACAACUUGUAAAAAUAUUUGGUGAUACUACACACCAAAAUGUCUAAUAAGAUAUACAGGUACUAAUUAGGACCAUUUCACUGUGGGCCCACAAAAUCUGGUAAUGACUCUACCAAAUUUUUAGACUAAAUUUGCCCGAAUCUGAAUUAGUCUUGCAACAACAGGGCGCACUGACAUACAGAAAGAUAUUUGUUAACCACAAAGUGUCAAUUGUAAGGAAAUUGAUCACCGUGUGUUACCUAAUCUCUUGGUGGGAAAGGUUACAUGUGAUAUUUAACCUCUUUGAAAAAAAUGUUGCCUUGGCUGUACUGAGCUGUACAAUACUCUUUUUUUUCAUUUUGGUGGAAUCUGUAAUAAUUCAGGCCAGAGCAACUUAUCAGCCUUGCCUGUGAAAACUGAACUCCACCUUGUUUAAAAACAGAUAUCAUAAAAAGGUCACUGAACAGUUGUUUAUUGUACAGCUCAGAUUUACAGCAAAAAUUUGCUUUUAUGGUACUACUUAAGGGACUAUCUUAAUCUCAUUUCUGCAUGGGUAGCCACUCAAAAUGUGAGAUUCCUUUCAGAAACUGCCCACACAGGGAUCUACCCAUGUUAUAAACAGUAAUGCAUAUACAUGUGAAUGGAAGGCUGUGUCAGUCACUGUAGUGUUGUGCUUGUAAAAACCUAGUGGCAUGCAAUUUCAAAUAAUACUGUUUAAAAAGUUCCAGCUGCAAUUUUAAGUAAAUUUUGCUUCACCCUUCAUCCCCUUAAAGUGACUGGCUUUGAAUUUCUUCUCACAUUAUCACCCCUGAAUCAAAUGUCAAGAUCAUGAGGGUAAAGAAAAUGGUCGCCAAGAAGCUCUUGAUUGUUAAACAAAUUCUCCUUCAUCAGUAUCUUAGGAAAUGUAAGGAGAACCGUGUGCUGGAGAAUAUUACUACCAAUGUUAGGGUGUAAAACCAUUGAUUUUACAUAUUAUUUGGAUGGAAAGUUUAAGGGAGCAUAUUUGAUUUUAUUUUUCAGUUCUUGUAGCAGAAAUUGUAGCACAUUUUCUACCCAAAAUGGUGGAACUCCAUAACUAUUCCUCCACAAGUUCACAAGCCCAAAAGCUCACCAACUGGGAUACUUUGAAUAGUAAGUACACGGAAUGCUGAGCCUGAUGUUAUUGGCUGUAAUUGGCUAUGCUGUUGCGGUGUCCCUGCUAUUUUUUGUCAUUUUUUGUUGUUUUCUUUACUUUUUUUUUAAUCUAUUUAUUUUGAUUGUUGUUUUAUGGCAAAGUUAAUAAAUAAAUAAAUAGAAUAUAUCUUAGGAUUGUCACUUCAAAAUGUAAUUUGGUUUUAUCACCUGAGUUGCUAAUAUAGAUUGGCCUCUGUUAAGACUUUCUAAUCAAGGUGAGGUUUCAAUUGUUAGCCCUUUGAUGUUUGCUCUGACAAAGGACUAAUGCUUGAGAUGACUUCAGCUAAAAAUGCUCUUUACAGUGGCUAAUUUACUUCAUCAACCCAGUUGAUAUAACCAAAUUAUCUUGUACUAUUAUUGUAGCAUCUCAGUUUCUUUAGUUAGAUACUUAAUUCCUUAAUUCUCUUUGAAAUAAUUUUCAAUUAAACUUUUGGGAGUUGGAAGUAUGAUAUGAAUUGGAUGUCUAAUACUCAAGUGUCAAUAAUAAUAAUAAUAAUAAUAAUAAUAAUAAUAAUAAAAUCUUUAUUACCGUGUCAAUGUAUUUAGCUCAUAGAGCUAAUUGGGGACACCUACUAUUACAAAAUUAAUAAAAAACUAUGUACAGUAUCAUAAUAAGUAAUAAUAAAGCCGAUAAACUAUGCAUUAAAAUUUAAAAAUAUUUAGAAAUAUUAAAAAAAUAAGUGGUGACUAUAUGCUUAAUUUCACUGAUGUGUGUUUUGUUUUCAGGAAAAGUUUUUUCAAAACUUAACUACACUGUACCAAAAAGUACCAUUAAGGAGGUUGCAGAGUGCAAGCCUAGGGUGAUAGAAGUUGUACUAGCAAAUCUGAGGAUGAAAGUGAGCAGAUUUAUGAAUUUUUUUGACCAGGCCUCUCGAUGUAGAGGGCACAAAGGAUGAUGAAUUAUGCAGUUUCUUGAAUUUUGAGAUUGGUUGUGUUUAUUGACCAAAUGUGCAACAUUGCACCUUUUUGUCAUACCAAGGUCUUUGUAGACUAAAUUACAACCUUGGUAAUUUAACAUUGUAUUUACCUUUUCAAGCUGCAAAUGUCUCAGAAAUCACCCCUUUUCUCCAAGUAGAAAUCAAUGGCUAAAUUCCCCCUUCCUCUCUAUCCACUGCGACAAUUUUAGUGCAAGUCAGACUAGAGAUUAGGAUAUCAACAGAUGCAUCAUAGGCCUGAGGGGGGAGGUGUGCACCUUUCAUGAAAAAUGUUAUCUCCUCUAUUAAGAGUAGCACCACUUACAAUGUGUAGUUUUCUUCAUCUAUGAUAACAGGAUGGGACAUGAUUUUGCUCAUGAAGCUGUAGCCUCAGCUAGUCUAGGUAGUGUAGUCAGAGUCAAGGGGUGUCUUGUGCGACAAGUAAUUUACUGGUGUAAGGGUUUCAGUAAUGGUUGGUUACCAGCAGUCUACCACUCCCUAAAAGACCAACUACCAGCACCUGUUUAGCCUGCAAGCAGGCUCUGAUGCUUGGGUGUUGCCUUUGGGUUUCUUUCCCAAGUACGGCUGCGUAUGGAAAAAGUAAUGGAUAUGCCUGAUGGUGUAAUUGUCCUGUUAGUAUUGAAGCAAAGCAACUCAGUUGGAAAUUGAUCCAAAACAAUUGUGUAUUUUAGAUUGAGAAGUACAUUGCAAAGAAAAAAGCAGACACUUUAAGAAAACAGCAGCAAGUGUAUGAUGAGUUCUCACCCAAUGGGCCUGUCUCAGAUCAUGAACCAUAUCUGUAUAAUGAUGGGCAGGCAUACUUAGGUAGGGACAAACUCAUGGUCAAUGCUGAACUUAAAACUUUUUAAGUUUGUAGGUGAUGUUGUGCCUAGAUGAUGUUGUGAUGAACCCAAACAUGUAAUUGCAAGCUUGUCUGAGCUGUUUUGAAAUGACAAUUAUAAACAUACAGUUGGAAACAAGAUCUAGUUGCCUUAUUUUUUUUCAAUUAAGGAAGUGACUGCAUGGAAGUCAAAUGCCAAUAGAUGAAAGCCCCAGAAAUACCAAAAUAGAGUACCAGUACAUCAGUUUAUUAAGAUUUUUCAAAUCGAAUCCUUAUACUGUGAGUGGCAUUGUACUAAUUGGUGUGCUUUACAAUUUUCAAUUGUGAAUCAUGGCCAAGAUUUUCUUGGACUUCGAAAUUGUCUGUCAUAUACAGGGUAUAUGAAAGUAUUACUAACAGUGACUCCAACAAUUCCUGUAGGUUACUAUACUGUUGCUGGCUCUGAGUUCUGUAUUAAUGUUUUGAUAAUCCUGCAGGUCCGGAGAAUAACUAUGGUUAUGCAUUCAAUACUAGUUAUGCACAAAGGAACCCAGUUAAUGAUGUGAGUCGUGUUUGUCUUCCUCUUUUUUUAGUUUAAAUCGAAUACCACAUUCCCUUCUUGAUGUUGAGUUUUUUUCUUCUAAUUUUCUUGAUACAACAAUUUUGGAGAAGGAGAGCAUAUCAUUGGUACGACGAUUGUCAUGACGAUUGCCGAUCAACUUUAUUUGCAUUCACUUCAUGAGCACAUUAAACCAAUGCAUACAAGAUUUUAUGGCCUUGAAACCCACUGUCAACUUAAGAACAAACAAACAAACUAAAGUCAAACAAAACGAAAUAAAGUGGAAAAGUAGAAAACCUUAACCUUUGUUUUUGUGGUGGCAUGCAUAUUCUGAUAUUUAUUUAUCAAUAUUAUUUAUCAUUUAUUGUGACGUUUUUGUAUUAGGCUGGUGGUUCUUAUGGAGCACAGUCAUACCAACCUGGACUCAAUGGUAGUCCCAGGGGUGGUAAUGCUCGGCAGAAGAGUAAAGACGGUAAAGGAGGACCUCUUGGUGAGAAACCAAAGUUUGCACCUGCUCAUCAAGGAAAAGGGUAAGUUUUGUCUCUGGAUUUUAACCGAUGGUGAACUUAAAGAACGUUUGCAGGUUUUUGUUUCUUUAAAAAAUAUUUUCGCUGGUGUCGUGUAGGCUCUACCGUAUUGCUUGAGAAUUUUGACUCCUAACAUUUUUUUUCAGUAUCUGAGCUUCACAAAAACAGUGGAAAUUUGUAACUGCCAUUUUUAUUUUAAACUAGUGUUUUUAAUACACCCAAGGGCGGGUUUCCACGCGCAACCCAAAGAAAGUGUAUGAGUGUGAGAAUGUGUGGCGAACCUGGUACGACGCAAGGGAAAUGGGCUUUUGCUCAUGAUUUCAUUGUCUCCGUCUACGCAAAAGAGACAGCGACGGGAGCAAGGCAGGGAACGGAGCAGUUGUUACGUUUUGGCAGCGUAAUUGGUCACUUAGACUGCUAGUUCAGGAUUUUCCGUAGUGGACUCUGGGGGAGCGGAGCGAACGUGAUUUGGGCAGGAAAAUCGCGAUGGGUUUCGUCGUUUUUGGGAUAGUGGUGUUUAUCGUUUAAAACAUGCGACCGAAAUGCCAGAAGUUUAAUCAUUUUCUGAUCAGAAAACGAUUCAAUUACCUCUAUGAAAAAUAAUUAACUGAAAACUUUGUUGCUCACAAAGGGAUAUCUUGGGCUUGUGAUUAUACCAGUGUUUCUCUUUGGUUUUGUAGAAAGGUUCCUCGGUCUCAAUCAUAUCAAGAUAUAAAUGGAACUAUGGAUCCUCAGAACCCUCGAUUGCUACUAGAGGAAAAAGAACAAGCUUUACUUGCCUCUCAAGAAACCAUACAGGUGAGUGUAUCAUAUAUUUUAUCUACAGAGAAAGGGUGUUUAAAGGCAAGUUUGUUAGGACCGGCCAGCGAGAAAUGGGAAGAGCGAACAGACAAAUUAAAUGGAUGGUUUGACCCCUUGACUCCUUGAUGUUAUUGUUAAUUCUCCUUUCUAACUGCUCUCCAUUUCCUUGUAAAUGUAGUCGCAAGAAUUUGGUGUUAGAUCAAGAUAACAACUUCAUUACCUGAUAAGCGUGGGUACUCUCAUUACCUGUUUGCUGGGUAAAGUAUGGGCAUGAUAGGGAGAAGUUACAUGUUAGUCACACAAUCAGGCUAGCGUGCGAGCAGGCCCUCAUUAACAGCGUUGCGGCGCGAACGUUUCUUCGCCUGGAGCAAAGCGAGCAGGCGGGAGGUCUGAAAGGGAUCUGGCACUAAUUAUCGGCCAGCGUUGCGCAAGGCCUCGAACUAGGCUCAUUAGAGUAUUUACCGUAAAUAGUAGUUUAGAAACUCUAGUAUCUACACUCGAGUGAGGUGAGGUUUAGACAGUUGAUUUCCACCAUUGCAUGACGCAGGUCUGAAUAUUUUCGCUUUAUUCCAGAUUUUGAAUGUCAAAAUUCGACGACUCGAGCACCUACUACACUUAAAAGAUUUGAGAAUAGACGACUUAACAAAAAGACUACAGCAAGUUACCCAACCACCCCCAAGACAACUACCACCACAACCCAACCCACCCUUCCCCCCUGCUGUGGACCCAUCUAUACCAUCUAUGCAUAUGCAUCACCAGAAUCCACUUCCGCCAUUACAUCAUUCAUCCUAUAAUCCACAACAGUUACAGGAACAUUAGUCUUUCAUACAAGACAAUAUAAGAUGUGUGAACGGAAGCAGGAGCUGACAUGUGGUCACCGUACGUACCUUGUUAUGGCGUGGUGUUAAGAUAAUCUUUCUUAGAACAAUGGAAGAUAACACAUGAAGGGCAUAUAUCGCUGAAAACACGCAAUCAAGUAAUUAAAUUAAAGUAAUUAUACCAGACGUAAAUUUUUGGCAAUGUAGUACAUGUACAUUGUACUUGUAAGCGUAAAUUUCGACCGAGCAGAAGUAAUCGUAGCUGCGUCAGGUAUUUUACUCUACGAUUUAAUUUGCAGUUUGAUAUUUUUCUGUACAUAUUUUAGGUAAUUAGUAUUGUUUAAUCACACCACAAAGUGUGCAAGUUACAGUUAAAUCUGGAACAUAAACGUCGAAAUCUUUUUUAGAACCCGAAAAAUGCAGUACUGUUUUUAUUGAAGAAACGUAAUGAGGCUUUUUAUGCCCCCUUGCUGCUUACUGUUCUGGGAUUCUCCUUAACCCAAUGACACUACUGACCAAAUGAAGUUCUUGAAAAUGUACGUUUACUGAACACCUAUCGACGUGUAAAUAAGAUAGAUCGUCGCGUAAUAUUUAUAUUCAAACCAGGGUAAACAAAAUAAGAUUUUGGUAGGAAGAACAAUGUUCGUGAAGAUAGACGAGGAAAAGAGAAGUUAAAGGGGAUCAACCGACCGAUAGUUAUUUAAUCAUUGUAAGUGUAUGUAGGCGAUGGAGCGGACCUUUUUAACUGGUGCACAAAUUCCGGGGGGUGCAUUUGGGACAGACCAUGGGUUUAAAAUUACUUGUGAGAAUCUUAAGCACUGGUUGCUCUUGUAGAGACUGAGUAAUAAACUUAUAGUUUAUCUUGUUAGGCCCAUGUUUAUAUUGGUAUAUCUGUGCAAUACGCAGUUGCAGAACACCAUGUCUUGUUUUUAAAAUCACAUUUCCCAAACGUGGUCACCGUGAGUGCUCUAUGAUAAACUCCCUAUUCCAUUCACCGAUAUUCACCUAAUGUAAAUCCGCGCACGCACAAAAAUAAAGUUCACUUUUUGUUCUCAUCUGAACGCCGUACACCGUAUUCACAGUUUGGAAGGUUUAUUGGAAUCCAACAUAAUGACCAGCUCCCAGUUGGCUUGUUAGCUCAGUUGGUUGAGCGCUGCACUGGUAUCGCAGAGGUCAUGGGUUCAAAUUCCGUACCGGCUGAAUUUUUUUAAGGCCUUAAUUCAACUACUAGUUCAGUAGUGUUCAUAACUGCGAGGAUCGAUUCUAUAUUCGUUUCUUCAACCGCAUUGCACAUAUAUGAUUUUCAUAUCUUUACAGCCAAGGUUUAAAUUUGUUUUCUUCAUAGAGGCAGCUUAAACCAAAGUUGGAUUAAAGGGGGUAAGUCUCUAAAGAAAUUGUGAUGCCGCGUCGGAAGGGAGUUUAAAAAAAUUAUUUUGGUUUUAUCAACUAAGUUGAUAACGCAAAUUGGCCACC